AGCAGCAUGCUCUCGUCAUUUCGCGAUGGCUUCCACUGGGACGAACGUGCGUUGCUCAGUAACUGGAAGUAUCCCGUAGUAUCUGGAAUAAGCUAUGUCAUUUUGUUGUUUGCAGUGCAGUACAUCAUGAGGGACAAAAAGCCUAUGAAGCUAAAAUGGCCUUAUGCUCUCCAUAAUGGAGCGCUUUCGUUAUUCUCGCUCGCCAUCUUGAUUGGCCAGGGCUAUGAAACAUUUCUACACUGGCAGAAAACAAGCAUGUUCGAGGUUUUCUGUUGGCAAGCGGAAGGGCCGCCCAAUGGACGACUGUUUUUCUGGAGCUACCUCUUUUAUCUUAGCAAAUACUAUGAGCUGUUGGACACAAUAUUUCUCGUGCUGAAAAAGAAACCUUUGGAUUUUCUUCAUUGCUAUCAUCAUGCAAUUGUGCCGUUUUCCGCCUGGUUGGGGUUCCAGGGAUGGUACAUGCCUAUAAUAACUGGAUGCUUAUUCAACAGCGCUGUGCAUGUGGUGAUGUAUUUCUACUACAUGAUGGCUACGCUAGGGAAAACGGUGUGGUGGAAGAAAUAUCUCACUGUCUUUCAAAUUAUUCAAUUUUGCUCUGGAGGAUUUUUUACGCUGUCAUUCUAUUAUUUUUAUUUUCAAGAUAUCGCAGGUCUUGAGAUUGAUUGA